AUGGUUGCAGCAUUUGUUCUCCGACAACAGGAAUAUGUGGCUUGUAUUCUGACAAUUGACAUGCGCGUUUCGGCGUACAUUUUCCCUCAUCUCGGGCUGGUCGUGGUGAGUGCAUCCGUCUUUCACGGCUUUGGCAUCCGUGGUGUGGAGACGGUUCAUGCUAGCACUAAGUUCGAUAUAGACCGCGACCCAUACUUAAAGUGGUGGGGCAUUGCCACCAACCUCGCGCCCAAGUUCGGUCUGACUGUUCCAGUUACCCCGCGUGUGGGCCAUUCUGAGGCUGUGUUGUAUCAUGUGAUACAAAAAACAUUAUAUUGCGAGGCCACACAUAAGUCACAAUUCUACGGAAAAUACUAUGUUUCUUACAAUUGA